AUGUCAUCCAACCCGUUCAAAGACAACAUGAUAUGUGACCUUGACACUAUCAAUGCUCAAUCUCAGCUCCCCAUUUCGAUGUCGGCCACCAAUACCUGCGAGAUUCAUGCGGCGGCCACCACGAAACCAACUGGGCCUCACUGCGGCAGCAGAGUGAAGGUUGUCACGGGGCCUCCCAAGAGCCUUUGCCUACCCCACUUGUGUGGUCUGGAAAACAUUGCAUCCGUCUUGAUUGUAAGACAGGAAUCGCCGUGGGAUACCUAUCGGAAAGUCAUUACAUAUGAAAUUGCUGGCAAAGUCACCAUUGCCACACGCCGCACCCGCCCGUCUCGCAUGGUAGCAAUCCGGACAUACGCGAAAGAGAAUGCUCGAAGACUGAUAUACAGAUUCGGACGUCUAGAACACAGGAACGUUCUUUCAUUACACGAAUGCUACAUGCACGAAGAUCUCGCGUUCUUCUUGGUGGAUGAUUUGCCGCUGACGCUCGCGCACGUUGUGGCUUUUCCAUCCGUUUAUCCCAACGAGACAGAAUUGGGAUCCAUCAUCCUCGACGGUGCCUGUUAUUUAUUUAGGUUUGGCCUUGCGCACCAAUCAUUAACCUGUGAUGAUAUAUUGUUUGGCAUUGACGGGAUCGUUAAGAUAGCAAGUCUGGACCUUUGUAUAGAUUGCACGCCAAGGCAAUCUGAAGCCGCAUAUAUUGCGGCUCUUCCCUCGAUCACAAUGCGGCUCAUGCAGAAAUAUGACAAAGAUCAAGGCGUUGUUGGCGUGAAUGAUCUGGAGCGAUGGCCAAUCGAUUCUGCCGCUGUGGGUUUUCUGUCCGCUACCGAGACGGCAGGAUCAAUCAAGUCUCUGAGAAAUCAACCCUUGUUGGCGGGGAAGCACCGCCCAAGCGAGGAUCUGGUCGUUCUCGCUAGAGCAUCUCUGCUCUCCAGUAGUUUGAAUUGCGUUUACAAUCCCCAUUCUAAAGAGUGCUAG